CCAAGGGGGUCCAAAAUAUAUAGGGGUCCAAAAUAUAUUGGUUACCCUACACUUUAUUUCCGUUGAUAAUAUUAAUCGUUAAUAUUGGUGCACAAUCUGUAGGAUUGUAUUGCUGAUUUCACCCCGAAUUGGACCGUCACAAAAGUGUGCACCCAUCUUCGAAAUGUGAUAGCAGCUCAGGGUUACGUCGAAUCCUGAUGGUGUCUUCGGUGCACUUAUUCCUUGUUGUACAAUUAAUGCAUCAAAUACCUAUUUCCAGACGAUCCUAUGAAAACGAGUAAUUUUGUUAUACAUUUUCUGCACACCACAACUUUUCUGAUAGUGGGGUGAAGUGCGCUAUAAAAUCAGACAGAACCAGUUUUAAAAUAAAUAUUAUAAACAUGACCUUUCCUAUACAACGACCAAGCGGCUGGUGCAUAAUCGCUACAGUUUCGACUUGAUCUCCGUUGUGUACAGAUCGUGUUACGCCAACGUGAAGAUGCGUUUCAUCAAUCGGUUACUAAUCGUGGGAGCACUUUAUUUGAUGCUUCCUGGCAUAUCUCAAGCAUCUUACCAAUGUGGUAUUCGAAAACAUUCUUUUGUGCAACUCGUCCAUCAUGGAUGGACCGUCGAAGAGGGACAAUGGCCAUGGCACGUGGCUAUUUUCCACAAGCGGAGUAAAUCCGAAAAAUAUGCUUGUGGUGGAACAUUGCUGGACGAAAAUCAUGUCCUGACUGCUGCACAUUGUGUCGUGAAUCGCAAUACCGGAUAUGCAAUAUCAGCAAAUAACUUGAAACUACACUUUGGUCAACAAAAUUUGUCCACAAUCUCAGCCAAUGUGCAGAUUCGAGACGUUAGUAAGGUUCAAAUACAUCCGGAUCACUCUUCCCAUCGGAACGAUAUAGCAAUACUUCUGAUGCGGUUGCCGGUGCGUUAUACAGACUACGUAAUCCCUAUAUGCAUUGACCAAAACGCUGACAUAGAUCUACGGAACCUCGAAGGAGAGCGAGGAUGGAUUACGGGGUGGGGCACGACACAGACGGGUUCGAUUUCGGAUGUUCUUCACACAGCGUCAUUACCCGUAGUGAGUUAUCUGCAGUGCUUCAACGAUCACGAAACGGUGUUCGGGAAUCUGCUGAACGAGAAUGUUUUCUGUGCAGGCGAUCGAAAUGGAACUAGCCCGGGCACAGGAGACAGCGGCGGUGGUAUGUAUUUUAGUGAUGGUGACCGAUGGGUGCUGAGGGGCAUCGUGUCCUUUGCAAAGGCGGAUGAACUUAAAAAUGAGGUUGACACUUCAAAGUUUGUGAUAUUCGUCAACGUACAGCGCUUUCUAACGUGGAUCAGAGAAAUAAUAGCGGAUAACAAGCCUAAAUCAACUGAAACUUCAAAACGGAUCAGUGAAAGAGAAUGUGAAAGAUUCAAGGGUUUAGCCAGAAAACGGAGAAAUAAAAUCUGCGAUAACUCGAGAUACCCGCAUACGGUGUCCAUUAUUUUCUCUGAUAAUAAAGUCAAGUGUAAUGGCAUUCUCGUGAAUGAAAACCACGUGCUGACGGCUUGUCACUGUAGACGGGACAACAUGGGAGAAACACCGUCAAAAGUUCAAAUUGAUGCAUACGGGUCAGUUGGUAUUUUGAAAGUGAUAUGCCACCCUCAUCAUAAAGAAAGAAUAACUUAUCAUGACAUAGCCGUCAUUACGUUAGACACCACUAUUGAGCUGUCCAGCAAUAUACUUCCAGCAUGUUUGGCAAGCAACUGGACAGAAAAUCUCUACGACACACUUCUGCAAACUGGCUAUGGAGUAAGCAUUGAAACAGGAAUCAAAAAAUUCAUCGAAUCCGAGGACAAUCAAGUCAUAACGAAAGAGAGGUGUGAUGAAAUAAUUUCUCGGAAUAGACGUUUACCCGAUGGUAUUAUACCUGGACAAUUGUGUGCGAUUAAUACUGAUCAGUUGAGAACUAGCACCAGCGGAUCAUCUGGGAGCCCUUUGCAGUCUGUAAAUACUCGAUCCUGCAUGUAUACAGCCGUUGGAAUUACAAGUUCCGGCAAUCAGGACCACGAAAGAAUCCGGGAAAAUAAUCAAACCGUGGUUGAUAUCUAUACUCGCAUUUCUCACUAUCUGGACUGGAUUGAGCAAAUGGUUUGGAGCAACGAACCGCCUGUAACAACCACAACCGCCAGGAUUCGAACAACUGAAACGACUACCAACAAUAUUGUCCCCUUUCACACAGAUUUCGUUUUUCCCGAUGAUUAAAUAGUAGGUACAUUAGAAAAAGUAAAAAAAAUUGUUUUCGAUUCCGA